AUGGCGCCGUCACGUGCAUCAAUACAGCGCCAAGCCUGCCAAUUUCUUCUCAGCGGUAAGAAAUUUGCCUCAAUGGACUGGGGAUGUAUUCGGAUCCACCCAAUUACUGAUGUUUCGAAUCGGGACAAUGCAGUGCCUCAAAGGGAUCUCUGCUUUGAAUGCCCGCCGGGAUUCUCAACUACUUACUCGAGCAUCUGUGUCAUUUGA